AUGGUGGUGGUGGCAUUUUCCCAGAAAGCCAUCUUCCUCCUGUUUCCCUUGAAAUCCCAUCCUGCUUUUCCUGUACACUACCCCUCACAAACCACAAGCUGCAGCAACAUGGAUAACCAGCCUGGAGCAGCAGCAGCCAGGAUGACCUGGAGCCAGGGGGGCCUUCGGAACAGAUGCACACCCUUCCUGGGUGAUGAUAUUAAUCUGGCUGCAGAGCCAAAAGUGAACCGAGGAAAAGCAGGUGUGAAACGAUCUGCAGCGGAGAUGUACGGCUCCUCUUUUGAGUUGGACUAUGACUUUCAACGGGAUUAUUAUGACAGGAUGUACAGUUAUCCAGCACGUGUUCCUCCUCCUCCUCCUAUUGCUCGGGCUGUAGUCCCUUCGAAACGACAGCGUGCAUCAGGAAAUACCUCACGAAGGGGAAAAAGUGGCUUCAAUUCUAAGAGUGGACAGCGUGGAUCUUCCAAAUCUGGAAAGUUGAAAGGAGAUGACCUUCAGGCCAUUAAGAAGGAAUUGACCCAGAUAAAGCAAAAAGUGGAUUCUCUACUGGAAAGCCUGGAAAAAAUUGAAAAGGAACAGAGCAAACAAGCAGUAGAGGUGAAGAAUGAUAAGUCAGAAGAGGAGCAGAGCAGCAUCUCCCUGAAGAAAGAUGAGACUAAUGUGAAGAUGGAGUCUGAGGGGGGUGCAGAUGACUCUGCUGAGGAGGGGGACCUACUGGAUGAUGAUGAUAAUGAAGAUCGGGGGGAUGACCAGGUGAAAACCAUGCUGGAGUUGAUCAAGGAUGAUGAAAAAGAGGCUGAGGAAGGAGAGGAUGACAGAGAAAGCGCCAAUGGCGAGGAUGACUCUUAAGCACAUAGUGGGGUUUAGAAAUCUUAUCCCAUUAUUCUUUACCUAGGCGCUUGUCUAU